AUGUCGCAGACGGAGGUCCAGCACAACGAUUCCAGCAGCAGCAACAAUGACCCAGAGGAGAAGACGCAGAAGAGCCGGCGACCCCCAAACAACGCCUUCCGCCAGCAGCGAUUAAAGGCCUGGCAGCCCAUCCUCACCCCCAAGACCGUCCUGCCGCUCUUCUUCGCCGUCGGCAUCAUCUUCGCCCCCAUCGGCGGCGUCCUGCUGUGGGCCAGCUCCACCGUCCAGGAACUCAUCAUCGACUACUCCGACUGCAACUCGACCGCGCCCAUAUGCAACGAUUACAGCCCCAUCCCCAGCGACAAGGUCACCGCCAACUUCAAGAACACCACCGAUAAUGCCGACCAGCCGACGUGGUGUAAAGAGUACAGGAGAGUGGGAUACCCUGAUGCGGAUAAUGGACCAGCUUUCGUGAAUACCACCGCUUGUCGCGUGCAGUUCUACAUCCCGGAUAACAUUGGUCCGCCGGUGCUGUUGUACUACCAGCUCACCAACUUCUACCAGAACCACAGACGAUAUGUGCAGUCUUUCGACCAGGACCAGCUCAAGGGCGACUACCGCGAUAACAGUUCCAUCUCCGGAAGCGACUGCGAUCCCCUUAGGCAGGAGACGUUGGGCAAGGACGCUCAAGGGAACGAUAUCAAGAAGCCGUACUAUCCCUGCGGUAUCAUCGCAAACUCGAUGUUCAACGACACCUACUUCAACCCGGUGCUGUUGAAUGCUCAGGGGGAGAGCGCCAGCAAUGUCACGUACAACAUGACCAACAGCGGUAUCGCGUGGAGCUCGGAUCGCGAUCUUUACGACCCGUCGCCUUACAACUACAGCGACGUUGUGCCCCCGCCAAACUGGCGUGAGAGGUAUCCCGUCUACAACGACACCUUCCAAUUUCCAGAUCUGAAGAACUGGGAGGAGUUCCAAGUGUGGAUGAGAACCGCCGGUCUGCCUACCUUCAGCAAGCUCGCGCUGCGCAACGACAAUGAAAGCAUGCAGAUUGGCAGGUACGAGAUGUUGGUAUAUGAUUACUUCCCUGUCUCGCUCUACGAUGGUACAAAGUCGAUUCUAAUUUCGACUCGGACCGUCAUGGGCGGGAGAAAUCCUUUCUUAGGGAUUACGUAUAUUGUUGUUGGUGGUAUCUGUAUCGUUCUGGGAGGACUUUUCACUGUUACGCAGUUGAUCAGGCCAAGGAAACUUGGCGACCACUCCUAUCUCACAUGGAACACCGAUCAGCCGAGCACUGCAACCACCACCGGCAGAGCACCACGCCCUAACGAAGCUGCAUGA